AUGUCUGUCAAGUCUUUAGGUGCUACCAGACUUUUCUCGUCGUCCUCAUUCAAAGGAUCACCUCGUCAUUUGGUCAGCACUCUUCAAUUGUCUAAUGAAGAGUUCGCUGCGUUGGUCAACAAGGCAUCUCACUUGAAGCAGAUCGCCAAGUCUGAUGAGCCAUCUGUUGCUAAUCACAACAAGCUCUUGGGUAAGUUGGUUGCCAUGCUUUUCACCAAGAGAUCUACUAGAACCAGAGUGAGUACUGAAGGAGCUGCUGCCUUCUUUGGUGCCCAACCCAUGUUCUUGGGUAAAGAUGAUAUACAAUUGGGGGUCAAUGAGUCUAUAUUGGACACCACUAAAGUGUUAAGCUCCAUGACUUCUUGUAUUUUUGCCAGAGUGAAUAGACACCAGGACAUCUUGGAUUUGUGUGAACACUCCAGUGUUCCCAUUAUCAACUCGUUGUGUGACAGAUUCCACCCAUUACAAGCCAUUGCUGACCUUUUGACGAUCAAAGAAUCAUUUGAGCCCAACCAAGCAUUAAAGUUAUGUUGGAUCGGGGACUCAAAUAACGUCAUCAAUGACUUGGCCAUUGCUUCUUUGAGAUCUGGUAUCUCGGUGUCCAUUUCUGUCCCCGAAGGUAUCAAAUUUGAUGGUGAAGUUCAGGCAAAAGCACAAGAACUUGCACAAGCCUCCAACUUGUCUUUUGAAAUUGUUAACAAGCCAGAGCAAGCCUUGAAGGAUGCCAACAUCAUUGUGACUGACACAUGGAUCUCUAUGGGCCAAGAAUCUGAAAAGGCAGAAAAACUCAAGCAGUUUGAAGGAUACCAAAUCACCAAGGAAUUAAUCGAAGCUGGUGGUGCUGCUCCCAACUGGAAGUUCAUGCAUUGUCUUCCAAGACACCAGGAAGAAGUGAACGAUGAGGUGUUUUACAGUGACCGUUCGUUGGUGUUUGAAGAAGCUGAAAAUAGAUUGUAUGCUGCCAUGGCUGUGAUCGAAGGAUUUGUAAAUAAUAAGGGUGAUUUGUUGAAGUGA